GUGCCCAGAAACCCCAUUCAGGAAUCUAUUUCAAGAACCAAUUUUUGCAGGCGUCCUCUACAACCCAAUUUUAGCCGGCCAAGAGUUUCUGAAAUUUCACAACAGAUCUUCAAGAACUCUUCUUUGGAUAAUGGUCUCAAGCAAAUUCAACGGAAGAGCCCUUUUCUUGAUGGGGCGAAGAGGUUUUACUAUGUCGACAGACAGCGAGUUUACCACUUCAAGCCCAGGGGAUACAGGCGGUGGUUUCAGGACCCAAAAAAUGUUCUUGUUGUAGUUUUGGUGGGGUCUGGGGUUGUAAUCACUGUAUACUUCGGGAAUCUGGAGACUGUACCUUAUACAAAGAGAUCCCAUUUUGUUCUUUUGUCCAGGAACUACGAAAAAGAACUUGGAGAGUCUCAGUUUAAGCAGAUUAAAGCGCAGUUCAAAGGGAAAAUAUUGCCCCCACUUCAUCCAGAUAGCAUUAGGGUUCAGAGUAUAGCACAGGACAUAAUUGAUGCUCUGCAGAAAGGGUUAAGAAAUGAGCAGGUGUGGAAUGAUAUCAGGUACUCUCCUGAAAGUGCUGGUUUUCCUCAUGAGGCUGAUGCACAUGAGACAAUGAGGGCAUUGAGUGAUAGAGUUUCUGAGGAUGAGAAAUGGCAGAGUGAGGAUAAGUGGCAUAAGGAGGGAGAGAUUCUUGAUGAUCAGUGGGUUCAAGAGAGUAGGAAAAAGGGCCAAGAACUGGGGAGGGCAUCCCAGACUGAGCAUUUGGAGGGUUUGAAGUGGGAGGUCGUUGUGGUUAAUGAGCCUGUGAUUAAUGCCUUCUGUUUGCCUGGUGGUAAGAUUGUUGUUUUCACUGGAUUGCUUGAUCAUUUCAAAGCGGAUGCCGAGAUUGCAACAAUUAUUGGGCAUGAGGUUGGUCAUGCUGUGGCAAGACACUCUGCAGAACAAAUUUCGAAAAACCUGUGGUUGACAAUCUUACAGUUGAUUCUUUACCAGUUUUUUAUGCCUGAUAUCGUCAACACAAUGUCUCAUCUCUUCCUGCGGCUUCCUUUUUCUCGAAGGAUGGAGAUGGAAGCAGACUACAUUGGACUGCUGCUGGUCGCCUCUGCCGGCUACGAUCCACGAUUUGCUCCACAGGUAUACGAGAAGCUAGGCAGAGUCGUUGGUGAUUCGGCACUGCAAGAUUAUCUUGCAACUCAUCCUUCAGGUAAGAAGAGAGCCCAAGUACUCGCUCAGGCUAAAGUCAUGCAAGAGGCCCUUGACAUGUACAGAGAAGUACAGGCGGGACGAGGAGUGGAAGGUUUUCUGUAGUGUUUUUGCUAUGGUAAACCUCAAUUUUCCAACCUACAAAUGAAUAAUUGUUUGUUUGAUACUUUUCCACUCCAAUCCCCCAAACAGGCAUAAAAAUCUGAAAUAAAAAUGUAUAUUUUCAUGGGAUGGUUUUGAUUUCGGUAAAUUACACUUUCCCGCU